AUGUGUGUGCGCCACCACAUCCUCGUCUACCACUACUGCCUGGCCACAAGGCCUUGCGAGCAUUUCGCCAGAGACAUGAAGGAUUCAUGCAACAAGGACAAGCGUGCCUGGCACUCGGCCUGGAUGGAGAAACUCGACAAAGCUCAUGCCGUGUACGUGGCCAAGGAGGCGUACACGAGCUAUGACAUGUCAGUUGGGAUAGCCAAAUGCGGCAGAGCUCGUAUUUUAGCCGGAUUUGCUUCAAUUCCUCUACUGGAGACGAUGAAGCCCAAGAGCUUUCUGGCGGGCACAAGGAUGACCCCGAGGAUGAGCGUCGGUGCUGCGAGCAUGAAGGCGUCGGGGCUGUGGGCUCCUGCAAGUGGUGCAAAUGAGGGCAUAUUUCCUUCACCAUGCACACAGGGGAGCUUGCCAAGCCAGCCACAACCAUCGAGGUCGUGGUUGGUGCUGGACUCUCUCUGCCCAUGGCGGCGGCACCUGGUGGGCAUCAACCACCUCGGCCUCCACCCGCUCGACAUCCUGUACACGAGCCUCACCCACGGCGACCACCAGGAGCGCACCGGGUCGACGGCGUACGUGAUGCCGUCGGCGAUGGAGAUCUACGAGGCCGGGAUCCACUUCAAGGUGAGCGACACCGACAGCCUCCUGGACGUCCACUUCGAGCACGGCGUGCUGAGCAUGCCGGCGAUCAGGGUGGACGACCGGACGGAGAAGAAGUUCCUGAACCUGAUGGCGUUCGAGAGGCUCCACCCGGGCGCCGGCAACGACGUGACGGCGUACGUGAUCUUCAUGGACAACAUCAUCAGCUCCGCCAAGGACGUGGCGCUGCUGCGGUCCAAGAACAUCAUCGAGUGCGGGCUGGGCAGCGACGAGGAGGUGGCCAAGCUGCUCAACAACACGCUGAACAAGGGCGGGGUGAUGAGCCCGUCCAGCAGGCUCCACGACGUGCAGCGGCGGGUCAAGGCCCAUUGCCGGAUGAGGUGGAACAGGUGGCGGGCCAACUUCUUUCAGAGGUACCUGAGGAACCCCUGGGUGUUCAUAUCCCUCGUCGCCGCCGUCGUCCUGCUCGUGGCCACCCUCUUGCAGACUGUGUAUACCGUUUUGCCUUUUUACUCUAACACUUAG